GGUAUAUAAACGUCCUGCUCCUGAUCGUUAUAACUUUAGGCUGUUUCUGCAGAGAAGAGAAGGAGGGCGGCAUCUCGCCAACUGGACCCCAAGAAAGACUAAGAUUCCUGCUGAUAUCCUGACAUGAAGCUCAAUUCAUUUGGCACCACCGUGAUUCUGCUAGUUGCCUUCUUACCGCGCUACGAAUGUCGGGCCAUUGAGAGUCCUGGCGGUGCCCAGCAGCAGCAGCCCGGUCCCGUAGUGGAGCGGCUCGGGGAGGAGUAUUUCAUCCGGCUGGGGAACACCGGGGACUCUUCUAACUCUUUCCCAGCCAUGAUGCUCCCCUCCGGGCUGAACAGAGCGCUGCAGCUGACGCGGCGCCUCCUUCAGGGGAAAGUUGGGAACAUCAGGGCGAUCCUUGGAGACGAUGAGGAGUCCAUGGAGAGAGGAAGGAGGUCCGAAGACCCUCCGAUCUCUCUGGACCUGACCUUCCACCUGCUGAGGGAGAUGAUGGAGAUGUCCAAGGCGGAGCAGAUGGCGCAGCAGGCGCAAAACAACAGAAGAAUGAUGGAGCUGUUCGGGAAGUGAAGCGCCAAAGAUCUCCUCCUCCUCCUCUUCCUCUUUCUGCCGCAUCUCCACCAUCAGCGCUGCUGUGUCUCUUAUUUAAAGCUGCAACCUCAAACUGCGGAGUUAAUGUCGAUCACUUAUUCUUCACGACAAACACUCUUUGUUUUAGAUUCUGAACCCUGUAUUUAUGAGAUUUAUGUUUGUUAAUAAACUUAUGUGCAACCAGUCAUUUUCUGUUGUGCAAGACAACGUCUUAUAUCUAUAUUUUAAAUAAAAAAAAUGAAAAGCAA